UUUUUAUAAUGAUUCUAUUUAAUGCAAUUUUUAUUUUACACGUAUAAUCAAAGGAUUUUAGCCUGAACUCGCACUAGAGGCAAAGUUUUUUGGUAAAAUUAAAGGAUUUUAUUAGCCUGGACUCGAACCAGGGGCAAAGUGUGUUGGUAAGGGGCAAAAAUGAUGGUCUCCUCUUUAGACAGGUCUUUGGCGACUAUCUGCGUCUUCCUUGCUGAAAAGCAUGAACGCCAUCUCGCAGCGCACACAGAAAACAACUACUGAAAUUACCGCUACUUCGCCCCAUCCCAACACGCACCUAAUCCAACCUUACACGUACUCAUGUGUAUUACUCGAAAAAUACUUCUACGUGCGACUCAUAAUUAAGCAAUUAUAAUCAAAAUGGAUAUCCCAGAAACCGAAAGUGACACGCUUCCAGAAAUACUAGAAAGUGCAAAAACCACAGUACAAAAUGUAUUGCCAGAAAAAUCCAAGCACAAAUAUAUGACAGCUUACAACAAUUUUAUACAAUGGAUAUCUGAAAAAAAAACUGAAUCUAUGUCUCAACAUACACUAUUGACAUAUUUCAAAGAGCUGUCACAAUUGCACAAGCCAUCUACUCUGUGGGGAAUCUAUUCAAUGCUCAGGGCCACCAUCCAAUUCAACAAUAACCUUGACAUCUAUAAAUAUGAUGAACUGAAUACAUUCCUCAAAAUACAGUCUAGAGGAUUUCAAUCUAAAAAAUCAAGCACUCUGACACCGCAGCAAAUUAAAAAAUUUAUUGAUGAAGCUCCCGAUAACAAAUACUUAGCUACAAAGCUAGCUACCAUCUUUGGAAUAUGUGGAGCAUGCAGAAGAGAGGAACUCACUAAAAUAGACAUAGAAGACAUUGAAGACAAAGGAUCUCUAUUGUUGAUUAAAAUUCCAACGACAAAAAACUACAAACCAAGAACCUUUGUAGUCACCGAUGAAUUCUACAGUACAUAUAAAAAAUAUGUGAAACUCAGACCAAAAGACAUCCAAACUUCAAGAUUCUUCUUGAAUUAUCAGAACGGAAAAUGCACUCAACAACCGAUUGGAAUCAAUAAAUUUGGCAGAAUGCCAAAGAUCAUUGCAAAAUAUCUCAAACUACCAGAUCCUGAUUCUUACACAAGCCACACCUUUCGUCGCACUUCUGCCACACUCCUAGCAGACUCUGGAGUAGACAUCUUAACACUAAAAAGACACGGUGGCUGGAAGUCCAAUACAGUAGCUGAAGGCUGUGUAGAAAACUCCAUCAACAAUAAAAUGAUAUUAGAAGAGAAUAAGGAACGCGAACAAUCGGAUACAAUAGAGGAUGAGCAGGCGUUUGCAGAAAAUCAGGAAGACGAGAAAGGGGAAAAAAUGCUACCUACUAAUUCAUUAGAUAUCGUUAAUGAAGAAGAAUCGAGGCAUUCACAAAUUUCAUCAUCCAAAGUAUCAAAUGAAGAUGAUCGUUUCGGCGAGUGGGUAGCGUUAGAACUACGAAGUUUACGUUCCGAGGUGAACAAAAGAAAAUUAAAAAGUGAAAUUAGAAGAGCAGUAUGCCGUAUUGCUGAUUUAGAUGAUGCUGAUACUUUUCCUUCUAAUUCAUCAACCGAUCCGCUUUAUUUGUCUUCAAUACCAUCUCCAGCAUACGUGUCAGUAUGUGAUUUAACUAAUAUAAAAUCUGAAUAUAAUGAAUAAAUAAUAUGCGCUAAAUAAGAGCGCUGUUUAAUGCAACAUUUAAUUUAAAUUUUUAUACAUAAUAGUAUAUUAGCUAACAAGUGCG